AUGCAGACGUGUCGGCUGCUGUGCCUACAGUUCCUGCUCAAUACCCCGUUCGACCACCAGCCCAUCACUGUCCCUGCCGUCCCCACGGCACGAUUCAUAAUUGAAGGCAUCACCCCACCUAAGUCAGAGCUUAGCCGGGUAGAUGAAGUAGGAUUACUGCUGAAGCACCUCCCCACCGCCUGUGAUGAGGCGAAGCAGCUUCAACAUGAUGCUCAGUACGCUAGCCGCUACUACCGUGCCCGCUUCAAUCGUGGCUCUCAGCUGCAACUGAAGCACGCGACGCAUGUUGCUGCUGCGUCUAGCGCCGCAGAGGUGCAGCAGUGGGCACGUAGCCGUCUGCAUCCAAUCAGCGAUCCCUUUCAGUGCCAGUAG